GGCUGUGCGGUGCCGCGGCAGCCGGCGGGGCUCCUUCCCCAGCAGGGGUGGGGACGCUGAGUCACGGAUCUGUCAUCGCUUUGCACCUCUCCGAGCCCUCGGGGGCCAAAGCAAAAGCGAAAGCGAAUGCGACUGGCGGGGCGGCAGGUCCCAGAGCGGCGCUUGCCACCUCCCCCCGGCCUGGGCAGCGCUCGCCCGGGGCGUCCAGCGGUGCCCUGUGGAGCUGCCGCCAUGGCCCCGCGGCGGGCGCGCGGCUGCCGGACCCUCGGUCUCCCGGCGCUGCUACUGCUGCUGCUGCUCCGGCCGCCGGCGACGCGGGAUGCAAGAGACAGGCUGGCUGUCCUGGCGGGAAGGAACAGAAUAUCUGAAAGCUUCAACCCUGAGGUCCAGACACACGAGGCCUGCGUGAGACUCAGGACAAUGGAAAACUGCCCCCAGUGCCACCACCAUCGGACAAGCAGGCAGCAAGCAGGCAUCACGUGCCCUCCCCCCAUGUCCGUGGAACACGCAGACAUCUGGGUCAAGAGCUACAGCUUGUACUCCAGGGAGCGGUACAUUUGUAACUCUGGUUUCAAGCGUAAAGCCGGCACGUCCAGCCUGACGGAGUGCGUGUUGAACAAGGCCAUGAAUGUCGCCCACUGGACAACCCCCAGUCUCAAAUGCAUUAGAGACCCUGCCCUGGUUCGCCAAAUGCCAGCGCCACCCUCCACAGUAACGACGGCAGGGGUGACCCCACAGCCAGAGAGCCUCUCCCCUUCUGGAAAAGAGCCCGCAGCUUCAUCUCCCAGCUCAAACACCACAGCGGCCACAACAGCAGCUAUUGUCCCGGGCUCCCAGCUGAUGCCUUCAAAAUCACCUUCCACAGGAACCACAGAGAUAGGCAGUCAUGAGUCCUCCCACGGCACCCCCUCUCAGACAACAGCCAAGACCUGGGAACUCACGGCAUCCGCCUCCCACCAGCCGCCAGGUGUGUAUCCACAGGGCCACAGCGACACCACUGUGGCUAUCUCCACGUCCACUGUCCUGCUGUGUGGGCUGAGCGCUGUGUCUCUCCUGGCAUGCUACAUCAAGUCAAGGGCCUCUGUCUGCUCCUGCCAUCCACGCAGUGCUGGACAUACAUGCUCAGUGGGAAGCGUCUGUUGAUUUGAGGGCAACCCCCUCCUCUUUUCAAAACCUAUGAACCACCUGCUUUGCAGGCAAACUCCCCCGCUGGCCAGCGUUGAAAUGGAAGCCAUGGAGGCUCUGCAGGUGACUGGGGGGACCAGCAGCAGAGAUGAAGACUUGGAAAACUGCUCUCACCACCUAUGAAACUCGGGGAAACCAGCCCAGCUACGUCCGGAGUGAAGGAGCCUCUCUGCUUUAGCUAAAGUCAACUGAGAAGAGGUGCAAGGAAGCGGGCUCCAGGAGCAAGCCCAUCAGGCCUCUCAGACGUCCCAGCAGGAUCUCACGGACUGCCGGGUCGGCGCCUCCUGCGCGAGGGAGCAGGUUCUCCGCAUUCCCAUGGGCACCAUCUGCCUGCCUGUCGUGCCUUGGACCCAGGGCCCAGCUUUCCAGGAGAGACCAAAGGCUUCUGAGCAGGAUUUCUAUUUCAUUACAGUGUGAGCUGCCUGGAAUACAUGUGGUAAUGAAAUAAAAACCCUGCCCCGAAGCUUCCGUCCCUCAUCCUGACUUGCAGUUCACAGAGAAAAGUGACAUACCCGAAGCUCUCUGUCAAUUACAAGGCUUCUCCUGGCGUGGGAGACGUCUACAGGGAAGACACCAGCGUUUGGGCUUCUAACCACCCUGUCUCCAGCUGCUCUGCACACAUGGACAGGGACCUGGGAAAGGUGGGAGAGAUGCUGAGCCCAGCGAAUCCUCUCCAUUGAAGGAUUCAGGAAGAAGAAAACUCAACUCAGCACCAUUUUACAAAUAUAUGCGUUUAUAUUUAUACUUCCUUGUCUAUUAUAUCUAUACAUUAUAUAUGAUUUGUAUUUUGACACUGUACCUUGUAUAAACAAAAUAAAACAUCUAUUUUCAAUAUAUUUAAAA